CUUGACCACCAGAAGGUAGGGUCUGAAAGUGUUGAUGGAAGACUGGAUGGAGACAUCAGCGAAUCAGUCAGGUGUGUUCCUCUCGGUCAGGAGCCAGUAUCCGGCAUCAUUCUCGAAGGAAAGAUGGCACUCCCUGUCAGGCAAACGAUUGCAGUCAUCAUGACAUGUCAACUGAAGAUGAGGCUACCAGUCGAUCCGACCCGGCGUUCACUGUCUGCUGCCGGCUUAUGUCAAGCCUCGUCUAAUUGUGACGGCAGAAGAUACAGUCUUGAUGGAAGAUGA